CGCCGCAUUUCAAAGCCGGAUACUUUCACUAUUCCCCGCUGCUCUGUCAGUGAGCUUUCGUACUUGACGUAAGAGUAACUUUAUUUCCUACUUCCUGGUCAAAACACAGCUCAAGAUCAAUGGCACAACUUUACUUUUCGCCGUGUAAACGCUGUAACAAAGUGUAGAAAUGAAUACGGAAGUAACUUUAUUACAAAUCAACUUAUGCUUCUUUUCAUAAACGUGUUUCUAGCAGAAUUUAAGAAUGACAGACACAAACCGCCCUCAGCGCAGGCUGUCCCGAGCUGGGGAGAGUUUAUACCAGGCGUUAGGCUUGGCAAAAGGAGCUUCAUCUGAAGAUAUUAAGAAAGCAUACAGGAAACUGGCACUGAAGUAUCACCCAGACAAGAACCCUAACAACCCAGAAGCGGCAGAGAAGUUCAAAGAGAUCAACAAUGCCAACACCAUCCUCAACGAUGAAACCAAACGACAGAUCUAUGACGAAUAUGGCUCCAUGGGUCUCUACGUCGCAGACCAGUUUGGAGAGGAGAGUGUUAAAUAUUACUUCCUCAUGUCCAAAUGCUGGUUUAAGGCACUCAUGGCAUUGGGAAUGAUCUUCACAUGUUGCUGCUGCUUUUGCUGCUGUUGUUGCUGUUGCGGUAAAUGUGGCGGUUCAGAGCCCGAAGACAAUUUUCACUAUGUGGAUCCAGAUGAGCUGGAGGCGGAGAUGUCAGAAGAGCAGAACAGAGGCAAUGACACAGUAAUAAUAGGACAGCCUAUUCCCUGUCCAGCGCCUGGAAAUUCAGAAGGAAACACUGUAAUUGUAGGAAUGCCCAUUGCUGCAACCUCAGAUGGAGACACUUCUGUACUGAUCACUCCAGACGCACAUAUGGCGCAUGUAGACUAGAGCAAACAGCAAUUACAAAACUUGUUAAGGAGACUGAAUCGCCCCUGUUUUUAGCUGUAGAAAUGAAGACACUGCUGUAGAAAUGAUUUUGGUUUGUAUCACACAGUGCCUGUGCGGUUUGAGCGGCUCAUUUGAUCUCCACACAUAAUGCUAUUUGUGUUUACAUAAUUUUAUAAUAGCUUUUUGGUUGCUUGAAUGUCUCGUUUAUAUUGUAAUGCUUCAAUAAUAAGCCAUUUAAAGCAGCUGUAUGUAGGUUUGUGUAUUUUUGCGACUUUGGAGCCCUCUACAGUUGAGUGAGUGAAAUUCACUGUUGUAAAUAUAUCACAAAAUAUAUUUUGUACCCGCUGAACAAACUUACUACAGCACCAGACGUUUGGAAAUAGAUUCUGUUCAUUUUAUUAGAAGACAUAACAUUUCUGAAACCGGUAGGAAGCAUACAUACCGUUGAUUUAAAUGACCUCUAGAGAACAAUCAAACAUAUCUUGCACAACAAAGUCAACCUGAAGUAAUACCACAGAAUCUUCUGUUUAUAUAACACUUGCAACAGGCUUUACAAGUGAAAUCUAAUAUAUGCACUUUGUGUGCUUAACAUUACAGUAAGUCUUAAGAACAUAAAGUUUUAUUGUUAAUACUAUAAUUGUACAAAGUGAAGUCGUUAAGGCUCCAAUACAUGAUGAUAAAUAAGUCCAACAGUCUUUUAUUAUCUGUAUAUACACAUACACAUUGACAGUUUAUCUAACAGAUAACUAUAUGCGGUUUAUUUUGCCACUGCUGCAAGCAAACCUUGAAAUAACCUCUGUGAAACAGCUAUUUUAUGAUACGUAUUUAAGUAUAAUGUUGAUUAUUAGAGUUUAAAGGACCACUGAAAUCGUGUGAUAAAGCUGGUAAUUUGCAGGUGAAUGUUUUGUUUAUUGUGGUAAUAUUGCACAGCCUCAGGGAUGGUUUUGUCUAAAAUUCUAUGUGGAAUUAUGAAAGCUUAAUAAAUAUAGUUGAUUACUUUA